UCAAAAGAACAAGAACAUACAACUGCAAUGUUGUCUAACAUUCAGUUAUUGUAAACCCUCAGGCGGCCAGAAAACAUGAAUUUUGUGCGAUUAAUUUUAUUUUGUUGAGAGGAGGAAUCACCACACAUUGGAAUAAGGCUGCUUCUUUCUGGAACUUGCAUUGAAAUGAGGCGAAAACUCAAACGUAAAAUAACGUUAUAUACUGUACUUUUUAUGUUUACAAUGAUAACUUUAUUACAUAUCUAUAUAAACUGCCGUUUGAAUUUAAACUGGAACGAGUUGCCAAGUGGAGUUCAUCUAAUAUUUUGGACUGUGUCAAGCUUGACGAACGUUUACAAUCAUGGAAUACAAACAUCACAUGGGAGAAGAGAUCCUGUGAUUAUAUAUUGGACAAAAGUCUUUAGAAAACCAGUGAAAGUCGGGGAGAAGUCCUGGCCGUAUUUUUACAUUGGAGACUCGUGUCCUGUAAAAUGCACGCUAACGACUGAUCAUAAUAUGAUCAAUGAUGCAUCGGCGAUUAUAAUCCACGCCAGAAAUAUCGAAGAAAUGCCGCAAAAGGAUAAAAUACAGCGUAAAAAUAUUCGUUGGAUUUUGCACUCGAACGAAAGCCCUAAAUUUGCACCUGCUCUGAGCAGUGCAAAAAUAAUGGCAAAGUUUAAUUUCUACUUGAGCUAUAGGCUUGAUUCAGACUUUUCUCUCUCUUUGUUUCCGAAACCUUUACUCAGACCGCUACCAGUGCCUUUUGCCAAAAAAAGAAAAACGUUAGCAGCGGCUUUGUACAGUCAUUGCGAGGCUGUUCGGACUGAAUACCUCGUCCAGCUUAUGAAAGAAAUAGAGAUCGAUUCUUAUGGUAGUUGUUUGCAUAAUACAGAUCUUCCAGACCACAUCGGUCCGCGUGAUCAACAGCGUUUCUCAAACCUUUCCAAACCAUUGGUAAAUCUUUACAAGACUUAUAAAUUCACUAUAGUCUUCAUGAAUUCAGAUUGCGAUUAUUUCGUAGAUGAGAAAUUAUACUACGCGCUCAGCGCAGGCAGUGUUCCUGUUUUUAUGGGAACUGCCAAAAUACGUGAAUAUCUUCCAGGAAAUCUCAGGCAUUCCAUCAUCGACGUUCGUGAUUUUCCAACGCCAAAAGCACUGGCAACUUAUCUGAAAAGACUGGCGAAAGACGAGAAGGCUUAUAAUAAGUUUUUAAGAUGGAAAUACGAAGGGUUUCAGUUUCCUGAAGGUUAUACAAAUUCCACAAUAGGACAGCUCUGGGAUAGUAGGUUGCCUGUCCUUUGUAAGAUUUGUCAGAAAAUCUCAUCCGGAGACAUGGGGCGAGAUGGGCUUCCCGUCGAAACUUGCGAAAGAAAAAACUUCAGUGAAUGGGUUGAACAUUGACGGAUAUAGAGGGAUAUUGUGGAUGGGAUAUUGGAGGACACAUCGAUGACCAGAGGACGACUCUUAGCCGAACUUGGGCAUUGGAUCAGCCUGGAAAAGAUUCCGUGUUCUUCAGUAAAAGAAUAAAACAAAAUCACUGUGGGCAGAGCGUGUACAGAGAGAUUCUUAGUACGAAGAUGACUUAUUGAAAGAUUCUUGAAGAAAUUCUUACUUAUGAAAAACUCUUUGUUACAAAGUUAUAACGUUCAUAGUACAUCUGUUGGCUCAGUCUGUUGGAGUGUGAUAUUUCUUCAUGGAAAUACGCCAACAUAUGAAUAUAUAUACAUAGUUAUAUUGCAUAUAAAUAUUCUAAAACAUAGACAGCAUAAUAAUAAUAAUUACAAUAAGCCUGCCCUAUCACUUGUCCUAG